GACGUCACAUAUGACGAGUCCGUUAUCCAACCCAUGGCGAUGCCUGCAUCCGCCCACGCGAAUUCCGCCCGCCCGCCUCGGCCAGCCGCCAAAAUUUUCAUAGUUUAGUUACGAUUUCGAAAACGACCCGACGCGUCCCGCCGCCGGCGACAAAACCGCCCGAUUUCUCUGACGAAUCCAGUUUCUUUUAACCUUCGUCAAGUUCUCGAACGUCUUGUUUAGCGAAUUUUGUACUUUUCUGUGAUUGUGUUUUGACUUGAGUGUUUCGUGACACUAUUGGAUUAUUGGCUGUUCCUAUUGUAUUUGGUCGAAGCCUAUCAUCAGAGCGGUAGUGUUGGUCCAACCGCGAGCGUAAUGUCCCCAAGCUAACAAUGGGGGUCACCGACGAUUUAGCCCCUAGCUUCACACAGAAGCCCCAGCUGAGGCAGGAAGACGAUGGCAACAAACUCGUCUUCGAAUGCCAGCUGGUCGCAUCGCCCAAACCGGAGAUAUGCUGGUUUAGGAGCGAUGAACUGCUCAAAGAAGAUAAUAGGACCAAGUUUAAGAUCCAAAGCAUCGCCAACAACAAGUUCCUGGUGGUGCUGGAACUAGAUGACGUGAUCGAGACCGACGCGGGGCUGUACAAAGUUAAGGCUAAGAAUAAGAUGGGCGAGGUGGCCGCUUCCAUCAACCUUAACUUCAGCCCUGCUGACGAGGAAAAACAGAAACAAGUGGACGGUAAAGCGCCCACGUUCGCGCGCAAGCCGGCCAUUCGGCAAGAAGACGAUGGCAAACGGCUAAUAUUCGAAUGCCGCAUAGAAGCUGAACCCCUGCCCCAGGUGUCGUGGUUCCACAGUGGCGUGGAAGUCAAGCCUGGAGCCAGGCAUAAGCUCACAGUGAGCAAGGAGGCCAAGUCUUACUAUGCAUCACUGGAGAUCAACAACGUAACUGUGGAAGACGCCGGCAAAUACAGGGUUACGGCUAAGAACGAACUCGGCGAGAGCAAUGCCACGAUCAGCUUGAACUUCGAUAGUGGGGAUGACGAAAAUGGUUUCCCGCCAUCAUUCGUGGAGAAACCCCGAAUCAUUCCCAACGAGGACGGCACACUCAUCACUAUGCGUUGUGUCUGCAAAGCAAAGCCGGCGGCCGAAGUCACGUGGUACCGAGGCACGACCGUCAUCAAGGCUAGUAGUAAAAUCGAAAUCAGAUCAUCUGAAAUGGGUGAAGACGUUUAUGAGUUAUUGUUGCUUUUGACAAAUCCGACGGCAGCGGAUGGUGGCUCUUACCGCUGUCACGUCAAAAAUGAAUAUGGCGAAAGCAACGCUAACCUCAACUUGAAUAUUGAGGCUGAACCAGAACCAGAAGGUGAAGGCCCAACAUUCGUUGAAAAGCCAACAAUUCAAUCAAAGGAUAAUGGCAAAUUAGUUAUAAUGGGAUGCAAGGUCAAAGCUAGCCCGAGACCGACGAUCGUGUGGUACCACGAGGGUAAAGAAAUCAGGGACUCGUCGAAAAUAAAGACCAGGGUCGAGGUCCACGAAGACGUAUACACAAUCAUAUUGGAACUUAUCGAUCCUGGUAUUGAAGACUCCGGAUUGUAUAAAUGCAACAUUAAAAAUGAACUUGGAGAGCUCAAUGCGAAUCUUACGCUCAAUAUUGAAAUCAUUCCAGUUAUCAAAGAGAAACCAAAGAUCAUUAAGAUAGUUAAGAAGAAGACUGUUAUUGUUGAAUGUAAAGUAUUAAGUAAAUUUGCACCUGCAUGCACAUGGUUCAAAGAGAGUACAGCUGUUAAAGAGGGCUCUAGGCAUACUGUGCUUAUUGAGCCCAGUAGAGAAGGUGAAUUCACAGUCAAGUUGGAAAUCUCAAAUGUAUCUCAAGUAGACAAAGGCUCGUACAAGCUGGUCGCCAAGAACGAGAAGGGUGAGGCGACGUCACAGAUUGUCGAGAUCACGGACAUACCUGAAGAGAAGGGCGACAAACCACAGAUCAUCAAACAUCUUAGGAGUGUGGCCCGCAAAGAAAACGAGGAAGCCGAGUUCGUGGCAGUUCUCAAGACCUCAGACCAGUCGUGCAGAUGCACGUGGUACAAGAACUCGACUGUCAUCAGAGAUUCCUCAGAAAUCAACACUUCGUUUGAUGGCACCAAUGCCAGGCUGAUCAUCAGGAAGGUUUCUUCCAAAUACGUCGCCAACUACAGAGUGGUGAUUAAGAACGAAUUCGGUGAAGACGAGUCUAGUGCUGACUUGACUAUCGUCGAAGAAAAGAAAAAGAAGAAGGAAGAAGAAGAAGAAGAGACCACCGUUAUCGAGGAGUCUGAGGAGGAGAUGUCGAUAGUGGAAGAGAAGUCCAUCAUCGAGGAAAAUCAUGUUGAAGAGAAAAAGAAGGAGGAAGAAAAGAAAUCAAUGCGAAAAAUGUCAACAAAGAAGGAGGAAGUUAAAGUUGAAGAAAAGAAAGAAGAGGUCAGCAUUGAGGCCAAGAAAACUGAAUCUAAGGUCGAGGCCAAGAAGGUCGAAUCUAAGGUACAAGAGACCAAAAAGGCCGAACUUGAAGCCGAGGAAACCAAAAAGAUAUUCGAGAAGAGACUUUCGAAAUCUGAAGAAGAGAAGAAAGCUCUUCUGGAAAAACUUGAAAAGAAGAAACCUGAACCUGAACCAGAAAAGAAAAUUGAAGGCAUUCCAAAACUUAGGUCUGUCAAGCCUAAGGAAGAACCCGUUGAGGAAAAGAAAGAAGACAUUAAGAAGAAAACAGAGGAGAAGAAGAAGGUGGUCAAGAAGAAGGUUGUUUCUAAAAAGGAUGAGGACGUUAUCGAGUUCGUCGAUGAUUACGAGAGACCAGUAUUGGAGAAAUAUGAAAGGAUUACUCCGACGCCGCUUGAUAAAAAACCUAAAGAGGAUCACACACCUAAGGCUAAACGCGCAUCUAUAGCUGAAAGCGUUAAAAGUGAACAAGACAGUGAGGAAGAACCCUCAGUGGCCGCGCCUGCACCGGAAAAGAAGCCUAAAGUUGAACCUAAAAAGGUUGAAGAAGAAAAGACUGAACCAAGGCGGUCUAGUAUCAAAAAGGGAUUGCCCAAACCAGAGGAGCCUGUUGACGAGCUUUCUAAGGUUAAACUUGGUAAAGCUCCAACAAAAGCUGAAGAAACUAAGCUUGAGGAACCUCAGGUUGCUAAAUCCAAGAAACCGGUUAAGAAGCCGGGCGAACCAGACGAAUUCGUUGACGAUUAUGAAAGGCCAGACCUCGAGAAAUACGACAAAUUCACACCAACUCCUUACGAAAAGUCCAAAAAACAAAAUGGGGUUGAUCAGGCCGAUCACGAGUUUGUUGACGAUUAUGAGAAACCUGAACUCGAGAAAUACGAAAAAUACACACCUACGCCUAAGGACAAGCGUCCUAGCGAAUCUCAGGAUGACGUAGACAUGAUGAAGGGUAAAAUCAAACCAAAGGAAAAAGAACCAGAACCUGAAGUGCCUACACUCCGCAAACGACCUGUCCAAAAGGACAAGGAGGAGGAAAAACAACCAGAAGACAAGCCCAAGGCUAAACCUAAGAAAAAGGAUGAGCCUGAAGCUAAAAAACGUCCUUCUCUCAAAGAGAAAGAGGUUGCUGUCGAGGAGUUUGUCGACGAUUACGAGAGACCAGUUCUCGAGAAAUACGAGAAAAUCACGCCCACACCUCUUGAGAAAAAGAAAAAGGAAGAGAAAAAGCCUGAGGAAGAAGUACCCUCAGCCACAGCAACUGCUAGACGACGAUCUGUUAAAGACAAAGACAAACCAGAGCCUAUGGAUGUUGACGAAAGCGUCAGCCUAUCCAAACCGAAGGCUCCGGCUAAACCUGGCAAGGAACCUGAAGACGUUUCACUUACACACAAAACACCUGCUGAAAUUAAGCCUACGGAAGGCGAGGCUGAGGCUAAACUCAGUGUUAAGAAACCUGAAAUUGUUGAGGAAAAGACAAUUAAGAGACCUUCACCUAAAGAUCAGCCUAAAGAGAAGGGAGAGGACACUGAGGAGGCUGUCAGCCUAACCAAGCCUCGCACUAAGACAAGCACAACUGCUCCUGAAGAGGCACAACUCACACAAAAGACACCCGCUAAGAAAAAGUUAACGGAGGGUACUGAGGCAGCACAGUUGAAAGUCAAAAAGCCCGCUGUCGUUAAAAAGGAUAAAGAAGACGAGGAUCAGGACCCAAUCAUAGUAAAAGGUGGUAGAUUUGAGAAACCCCAGCUCAAGAAAACUGUUAAGAAGACAACAGAACAGCCUAAAAAAGCUGUGUUUGAGGACAGAGAGAUUGACGAAGACGGGAUUGAACUCGACUUUGUCGAUGAUUACGAAAGGCCAGUACUUGAAAAGUACGAGAAAAUCACGCCAACUCCCACUGUUCGGGAGAAGAAAGAAAAGGAAACAGCUAAGGUGACGAUGAUCGCCCAACAACAACAGCAUCUUGAAGUGAAGACCGAAAGCCGAAGAACAUCGUUCCAAAGCGAGGUCAAGGAAGAAAUGAAAUCAGAGAGCCGUAGGAGCUCCAUCAUGGAAAAUAAGGCUGUUAAGCUUACAAAGGAAACUGCUGAAAGCAGAAAGUCUUCGCUAACAGCUUCAAUGGCUGAAGAACAACAAGUUGCUACUGCUUUGAAAAAGACCGCACAAAAGAGUACAAUAAAGGCAGCAGAAGCAACCGAAAUGGAACAAGUCAAGCUCAAGGAUGACAAAGAGAACGUAGAAGAUACGGUAACGACUGAUAAGCCUUCAGAUAAAACAUAUCCGUGGCGACCUACGAAAACAGACACACAGGAACCAACUGAAAAAGUUGAACCGAAACGUAAGGAAAGCUUGAAAAAGCCGACGGACACUACAGUUCCGAAACGUCGUGAAAACGAUACUGAGGAAACUGAGGACGUUGAGGAAAUUGAGGAAAAGACAGAGGUUAAACGUAAGGCUUCUAUCGAUAAGCCUAAAGAACCUAGACGCAGACCCAGCAAACCUGAUGAGGUUAAAGAAACCAAAAAGAAAACUGAAACGGUUGAAAACACUGAAACCAAACGAAAAACAUCGAUUGAUAAACCUACUGAACCUAGGCGAAAACCAAGUGCUGAUGAGGACAAGGAAAAUAUUGAUACUCAGAUUAUUGAAACUAAAACAAAGAGGAAAGCCUCAAUUGAUCGCCCCACUGAACCAACAUACCCGUGGCGUCGACCGAGUGAGGUAGAUGAGGAUCAGGUAGAGGUACAAAAAACUGAAGUAAAGAGAAAGGUUUCGAUAGACAGACCAACUGAACCUACUUAUCCUUGGAGACGUCCAAGUCAGGUUGACGAGGACGAGAAAAUGGUAAUAGAUGAUGAGCCAUUCGUACCUAAAAGGAGGGUGUCUGUAGAUAGACCAACAGAACCUACUUAUCCAUGGCGUAAACCUAGCAUUGCCGAAGAGGAAACGGUUGCUCCUGAUACUAAGGAAGAAACAAAACAACCUUCAGUAGAGCAACCUAAAGAGCCAUCAUAUCCUUGGCGUAAAACUAAUAAUGUUGCAGAGGAUAAAAAAGAUGUCAAAGAACCUGAAAAGCCUGACAAUUUAUUGGCUGAUAAACCUAAGGAACCUGAGUAUCCUUGGCGUAGACAGAGUAAAACUGAGGAACCCGCGAAAAAGCCGGAACCAGAACCCGAAAUGCAAAAGCCUAAGGAACCCGACGACACACAGAAAACACAAACAGACAAACAAUUGAAACCUACACAAACACCAUUCUUCAUGAGGAAGAAGUCUAGUCUAGAGGAUGAGAAACCUAAAAUAGAACCACCACUUGAACAACCAACACAAACACAAUAUCCAUGGAGAAAACCACACACAGAGGUACCGACAGUCGAGGCUCCUGAACCCGAAAAGAAGGUGGAACCACCAGUAGUUCCAUUCUCUUGGCAGGUCAUUCCUGAAAUACCACAGGCUGAACAAACACCCGAGUUAGAAGAUAAAUACAAACCAACAUUACUUGAAACACCAGAGCCAACUGCCCCGUGGCGCAGAGCUAAAUCCCCUCAGGCUGAAACGACUGAAGGCAAAGAUGAAAGUAAACCAGCUACGUUAGAAUUACCACAGCCCGCUUUGAGCAGCAAACCUCAAACGCCUGACGAGAAAGUGGCAGUUAAAGAAGAAGAAGUCAAAGAAGAAGCCAAGAAGGCCAAGGUUACCUCGGUCAAGAAGAAGGCUGAGGAUCUGCCAGAAAUCGCUGACUACGAGAGACCCGAGCUCGAGAAAUUCGAAAAGCCGGAGUUCACUCAAACAACAAAGGACAAACCAGAGAAGCCAAUACCAAAGGUACCUGAAAUCAAGGCGCCUGAAGAGAAACCAGUAGCACCAAAGAUCGAGGUCAUACGUGAGAAGUCUCCAAAGCCAGAAAUGCCAAGGAAACCUUCCCUAGUACCUGGUGCUCCUGUCGGAAGACGUGGUUCCCUUAUUCCUCCCCCAGAGGAAAUGGGAAGACGUCCUUCCCUUAUCAUCAGCGACGAGGUCACGAAAUUACGUCCCGGCGAAGUAUUAGACGAGAAAAAGAGACGAAAAUCUGGCGACGCCAGGAGGCCGUCCGUGCAGGAUCUUGAAGACCUCAUCAACAAACCUUCAGUGCCUCUUAAGCCUAUUGGAAAUGAAGGCCCACCGGUUAUUGUUGAUGUACAAGAAAGCUACUCUGCUGUUGAAGAUCAAACUGGCUACCUCACUGUACAAGUGGAGGGUAGCCCAGCACCUACAUUCAAGUUCUACAAGGGUGUCAGUGAGAUUAUUGAAGGAGGCCGUUUCAAGUUCAUCACCGAUGGUGAAACUGGUCUCAUCACCCUGUGUAUGAGGAAGGUCAAGCCCAACGAUGAAGGCAAAUACAAGGUUGUGGUCAGCAACAUCCAUGGCGAAGAUUCGGCUGAAAUGCAGCUUUACGUAUCUGACGCCAGUGGUAUGGACUUCCGUGCCAUGCUCAAGAAGAGGAAGUACGCCAAAUGGGGGGAAAAGAAAGAGGACCCCGACUGGGGAGACCUCAAAGAGACAGAAAAGCCGAUUCCACCCCUCAAGAAAGUGGAAAAGAAACAAGAGUCGUUCUUGAAGCCCCUCGUAGAUCAAUUCGCGAAAGAAGGCAAGGAUAAGAAGGUUACAUUCGAAGCCAUCUUUACUAAACCAAAUGCGAAGCCGAAGUGGUUCUUCCGUAAAGAUGAGCUAUUCCCCGGGUCUAAGUACAAGAUGACAAACGAACAAGAUUCCUACAAACUGAUCAUCAUGGGACCCAAGGUCGAAGACACCGGUAAAAUUACUAUUGAGAUCGGCGGCAUCACUUGUACUGCGUUCUUGCAAGUCGAUGAGCCUGACCCUACCUACACGUUCACCAAGCCACUGAAGAAGAACACCAGUGGAUACACAAAGCACGAGUGCGUCUUGGAAUGUGCCGUCUCCAACAGCCUCGCCAUCGUCUCCUGGUGGAAGGGCGAGGAGAAAUUGGAAGAUGGUGACAUAUUCCAGAUCUCCAAGGACUUGUCUGGUGUCUGCAGGCUAGUCAUCAAGAACUGCAAGUUCGAAGAUGCUGGCAAGUACACGUGUAAGAUUGAGAAGCAACCUGACAAGACUGAGACUGAUGUUAAAAUUGUGGAAUACCCAUACAAGUUCACAAAGGUACUUAAAUCUCAACAAGCUAUUGAGAAAGAUACCAUUACACUUCUUUGUGAACUGGACGAUGCUUCUGGAGAUGUCAAAUGGUUCAAGAACAACGAGCCUCUGAAGGUUGACAAGCGCAUCUCGAUCGUGAAGGAGGGUCGCAAACGCAAGGUCAUCAUCAAGGACGCUAAGGUCACUGACGCUGGCAACUUCAAGUGUGUCAGUAACGCCGAUGAGACUGCUUGCGAAUUGAUUGUCAAUUACUCGAAUCGCUUCAACAAGAAGUUGAAGGAUACAGAAGCAAUUGAGAGGGACAAGGUUGUCCUAGAAGUAGAAUUGCAGGACCAGACCGCUGAAGCUGUUUGGUCUUUCAAUGGACAGCCUAUUGUGCCUAAUGAAAGAAUUGAAAUCAAGAACCUGGGCGGUGGUAAACACCAACUCAUUUUCAACAAAUUGGAGAUGGAAGACGAUGGUGAGAUUCUCUGCGAGUCCGGCAAGUUGACCUCGUCUUGUAAGCUGACCGUCAAGAAGGGCGAAUCCAAGCCCUCCAUUGAAUGUCCUGAUGAAUUCAACGGACCGCACGACCGACCAUUCGUCAUUGAGGUGCCUUAUAAAAUUGAUGGCACCCGUCAAACACCAAUCGAAGCUAAACUAUGGAAGGAUGGCAAAGCCCUGCCCGCCAAAGAAGUCGAGGCAGUGGUUGAGCAAGAAAAGGUUCUAUUCAAGAUCAAGAAGCCGAGCAGAGAAGCAUCUGGCAAAUAUACGAUCAAGCUAGCCAACGCCCAGGGCGAGGACACGAAGGAUGUCACGAUUAUCAUGCAGAGCGUCCCAUCAGCUCCUCAAGAUGUACAGGUCACUGAAGUAUUCCAGACAUCUUGUGUUGUCGCCUGGAAGACACCUCAGGACGACGGUGGCACUCCAAUUGCCAAAUAUGUUAUUGAGAGGCAGGAUAUGUCUCUCAAAGCUGGAUGGGACAAUGUUGCUGAAGUGGCAGUCGGUCAGCCGCUGAAAUACAAGGUCGAAGAUCUCAUUCCGAAGAAGACGUACAAGUUCAGGAUUCGGGCUGUUAACAAGAUCGGUUCCAGUGAACCUGGUCUCUUUGGCAAGCCUGUGCUGGCUAAGGACCCAUGGGACGAACCAUCGAAGCCCAAGAACGUUGAGCUUACCGACUGGAACAAGGACCACGCUGAUCUCAAAUGGCAGAAGCCUGACAACGAUGGCGGUGCACCAAUCACUGGUUACGUCAUCGAGUACAAGGAGAAAUUCGGCAAGGACUGGGUGACCGGCAAGGAGGUUCCUGGGGACUGCCUGGCAGCCACUCAGGAUGGCCUCAAAGAAGGCUGCACUUACGAGUUCAGGGUCCGCGCCAUCAACAAGGCUGGACCUGGUGAACCUAGCGAUGCUACCAAGCCUAUUGUCGCUAAGUGCAGAUUCGUCAAGCCUUACAUCGUUGGAGAGGGUCUUCAGAGCAUGAUCAUCAAGAAGGGACAGGUUAUCACCUUCGACAUUAAGUACGGUGGUGAGCCUGAACCGACAGUCAAAUGGAUGAGGGGUGAAGAGGAGAUCACCGAUGAUGGUGAUCGCAUCACCAUUGAUAAGUACGAGAGGAACACUGUUCUGACGGUCAGGAGGACCGCUAGGGCUGACAGUGGAAAGUACAAGCUGGUGCUGACCAACUCUUCGGGUACCUGCGAGAGUGUUGGCGAUGUGGUUGUCUUGGACAAACCAAACCGCCCGAACGGCCCAAUCGAAGUCGUGGACAUCCGCGCUGAAAAGGCCACUGUCAAAUGGCAGAAGCCAGACGACUGGCAAGGAUCCGACAUCACUGGAUACACUCUCGAGAAAAUGGAUAUGGAUACUGGCAACUGGGUGCCGUGUGGUGAAACUGGCCCAGACCCUACAGAGUUCACAGUCAAGGGUCUUACCCCGAACCACAAGUACAAGUUCAGGGUACGCGCCGUCAACAAGGAGGGCGAGUCCGAGCCGUUGGAGACUGACGGCUUUAUCGUCGCCAAGAAUCCUUACGACCCACCAAAGGCCCCUGGAAAGCCUACAAUUGUGGACUACGACAAUAUGUCGGUGACCCUGAACUGGGAGCCACCAUCAGACAACGGUGGAAGACCUAUCCUUGGAUAUGUUGUGGAGAUGAAGGACAAAUUCUCUCCUGACUGGAUUGAGGUUGUAAAAACAAAUGACACAAAGACGGAGUACAAGGUGGAAGGCCUUAAAGAGAAGAUGGUGUACCAGUUCCGUGUGAAGGCCUACAACAAGGCUGGAGUCGGUGAGGCGUCGCAGCCCACUGACAACCAUCUCUGCAAGCAUAGGAACUUGAAGCCACGCAUUGAGCGCAGCACCUUCAAGUCAGUCAUCAUCAAGGCUGGCCGCACUCACAAGUGGUCUGUGGACGUCAUCGGUGAACCUCCACCGGAGAUGACUUGGUCAUGGCGCGACAACAUCAAGCUAGUGAACACAGAACGCAUUAAGAUCGAGAACAAGGAGUACCACACAGACUUCACUAUUGUGAACGCCGUGCGCCGUGACACGGGCAAAUAUAAGUUGCGAGCUGAAAACUGCAAUGGUUUCGAUGAGGAGACCGUUGAGCUGACGGUGCUGAGCAAGCCUAGUGCGCCUAAAGGCCCAUUGGAAGUGACAGACAUCCACGCAGAAGGCUGCAAGGUGAAAUGGGAGAAGCCGGAAGACGAUGGUGGUUCUCCCGUCAAGGAGUACGAGCUGGAGAAGAUGGAUGUCGCCACUGGCAAGUGGGUCAGGGUUGGCAGGGUCGCGGGUGACAAGAAGCCUCUAGAGAUGGAGGUGACAGGCUUGGAGCCUGGUCAUCAGUACAAGUUCAGGGUGACAGCUGUCAACGAUGAGGGUGACUCCGAGCCUUUGGAAGCUGAACGCGCUAUUCUGGCUAAGAAUCCCUUCGACGUCUCCGACAAACCUGGCAACGUCGAGGUUGCUGACCACGACAACCAGAGCGCGGAGAUCAAGUGGGACCCGCCCAAGGACGACGGCGGAGCCCCCGUGCUCAAAUACAUUAUACAGAAGAAGCCCAAGGGUGGAGACUGGGAGAAUGCCGCUGAGGUACCUGGAAGCCAAACCUCAGCGAAGGUCGAUGGUCUGCCAGAAGGCAGCGAGUACCAGUUCCGCGUGGUCGCAGUCAACAAGGCUGGACCGUCAGAGCCUUCUGACCCUACCAAGAUGACUACUAUCAGACAUAAGGCUUUGAAGCCCCGUAUCGACCGCACAAACCUCAAGGCUCUGGCCGUCCGCGCUGGUAAGCCGAUCUUCUUCGACGUCAACGUGAAGGGUGAACCGGCGCCUAAAGUGCAAUGGUUCUGCAAGUGGAAGGGCGAUGAGAAGGAGGUAACAGAAAACGUAAUAAACGUAGACUACAACACCAAACUCGAUAUCAAGGAAGCGGUCCGCGCCAUGACAGGCACCUACCGUAUCCUAGCAACCAACGAGCAUGGUACUGAUGAAGCUGAGGUGGAGAUCACUGUCCUCUCGGCUCCGGGCAAACCUGGUGGACCACUGAAGGUCGCUGAUGUCACGAAGAAUGGAUGCAAACUGGCUUGGAAGAAGCCUGAAGAUGAUGGUGGCAAGCCAGUAACAGGUUACGUAGUAGAAAAACUGAACAAGGCUACCGGCCGCUGGGUGCCAGUCGGCAAGACUGAUGACACGGAGAUGGAGAUCAAGGGUCUGCAGGAAGGCGAGGAGUACGAGUUCAGGGUCAAGGCUGUCAAUGAUGAAGGGGAAUCUGAGCCUUUGAAGACUGAUCACUCGAUUAUUGCGAAGAAUCCUUAUGACAUCCCCGGCAAGCCAUCAGUGCCAACCAUUGAAGACUGGGAUGUGGACCGAGUGGACCUCAAGUGGGAAGCUCCCAAGAACAACGGCGGAGCUCCCAUCACAGGAUACAUUAUUGAGAAGAAGGAGAAAUAUGGGUCUUGGACUGAAGCUCUUGUUACCAAUACACCGGAAUGCAAGGCCCGUGUACCGGACUUGAAAGAAGGCAACGUAUACCAGUUCCGUGUGAAGGCCGUGAACAAGGCCGGCCCCGGCGAACCGGGAGACGCCACGCAACCGCAUACGGCUAAAGCACGGUUCUUGAAACCGCACAUCAACCGCGACAAGAUGCACGCUAUCCGCGUCCGCGCGGGCACCACCAUCAAGUUGGAUGUCGACAUCAAGGGUGAACCCCCACCAUCCAAGACCUGGACCUUCGCCAAGAAGGUCCUGGAGACAGGUCCAGGACUCAAGAUCGAGAACGAAGACUACAACACCAAGAUGCAGAUCUUCGACUCGACGUGGCAGAACACCGGUGUUUACACGCUGAAGGCUGAGAACGACAGCGGUGUUGAUGAAGCUACUGUUGAAAUUACUGUGCUGGACAAACCCGGCAAACCCGAAGGUCCACUAGAAGUCUCCGACGUCCACGCAGACCACGUGAAGCUCAAGUGGAACAAGCCCAAGCACACGGGAGGUCUGCCCCUCAGUGCGUACGUGGUGGAGAAGAUGGACACCCUGACCGGGAAGUGGGUGCCGGCUGGUACUGUUGACCCUGAUACCACUGAGGCUACUGUUACUGGACUCGAAGCGGGUCACACUUACCAGUUCCGAGUAAAAGCCUUAAACGAAGAAGGGGAGUCAGAACCCCUCGACACAGACCAUGGUAUUCUCGCCAAGAACCCAUACGAUGUUCCCGCACCACCUGGUCUUCCGGACAUCGUGGACUGGGAUGAGAAGUCCGCUAAACUCAAGUGGGAACCACCUAUCAGGGAUAAUGGAGCUCCCAUCACUGGAUAUAUUAUUGAAGUCAUGGAUAGAGAUAGAGGGGAGUUUGUUAAGGCUGUUGAGAUCCAAGGCAACAUCUGCCAGGGAACAGUUCCUAAGCUGGAGGAAGGCAACCAGUAUCAGUUCCGCAUCAGAGCGUUGAACAAGGCUGGACAGUCCGAACCUUCGGAGAACACCAACUGGCAUACUGCUAAGCCACGAUUCUUGAAACCAAGAAUCGACCGCACAAACUUGAACCCGAUUACCGUAAAGGCUGGUCUGCCAGUCUCCCUAGACGUGAAAGUCUUCGGAGAACCCCCAGCCAAGGUCACCUGGUACUUCAAGGGUGAGGAGUUGCAGAACAGGGAGAAUCUGGAGAUCAUCAAUGUGGAUUAUAACACCAAGUUCUUGAUGACCAAGAGUAAGAGGGCCCAGUCGGGCAAAUAUGUGAUUAAGGCUAAGAAUGAGGUUGGUGAAGAUGAAGCUGAGGUGGAAAUUACUAUACUUGGCAAACCAUCCAAGCCUCAAGGUCCUCUGGAAGUGGCAGACGUGACCAAGAACGGCUGCACACUCUCCUGGAAGAAACCAGAAGACGAUGGCGGAUCACCCAUUGAGUACUACGAGAUUGAGAAACUUGAUCCGCUUACUGGCACUUGGAUCCCAUGUGGAACAGCCAAGGACACGAAGGCCAACAUCACCGGUCUAUCGGAAGGCAAGCCUUACAAGUUCCGCGUGAAGGCCGUCAACAAGGAGGGAGAGUCUGAAGAGCUGGAGACUGAGAAGCCUAUCAUUGCUAAGAAUCCCUUCGACGAGCCUGGCAAACCAGGAAGACCAGAGCCCCGCAACUGGGACAAGGACUUCGUGGAGCUGGAGUGGUCCGCGCCCAAGAGCGACGGCGGAGCUCCCAUCACUGGGUACAUCGUGCAGAAGAGGGAGAAGGGUGGCAGGUCCUGGACAGACUGCCUAAAAACCACAGGAGACAGGCCUACGGGCCGCGUAACCGACGUGGAAGAGGGCCAUGAGUACGAGUUCCGUGUCAUCGCGGUCAACAAGGCUGGGCCUGGAGAACCUUCCGAUCCUAGCAAGAGUGUUAUUGCUAAGCCUAGAUUCUUGGCACCAAAGAUCGACCGCAAAGACUUACAAAAGAAAAAGAUCAAGGUUGGCUCCCCACUCAAGAUGGAAGCCGACGUCAAGGGUGAACCGGAACCUAAGAUCACUUGGACCUUCAAGGGCGAAGCCCUGAAGCCCCAAGAGAGGCUGAAGAUCGAGAACAAGGACUACCAUACUUCCUUCGCCAUGGAGAAGAUGACCAGAGCUGAUGCUGGAAAAUAUGUGGUGACGGCGAAGAAUGACUCCGGUACUGAUACUGUGGAAAUUGAUGUUGAGGUCGUCAGCAGGCCUUCGAAGCCUAAAGGACCUCUUAAGGUAUCAGACGUGAAAGCCGACGGCUGCAAGCUGAAAUGGGAACCCCCAGAAGACGACGGAGGCGAACCCAUCGAGAACUACGUGGUCGAACGUAUGGACACCGAGUCCGGAAGAUGGGUACCUGUUUGUACCACUAAGACCCCGGAAGCAGACGUUACAGGGUUGAAUGAGGGCAAGGACUACCUGUUCAGGGUUAAGGCUGUUAACCCUGAGGGUGAAAGUGAGGCUCUUACUACUGAUACUGCUACUACCGCUAAGAAUCCUUAUGCCGAGCCCGACGCCCCCGGCAAGCCCGAGUUCAAGGACUGGAGCGCGGACCACGCGGAUCUCAAGUGGGAAGCUCCCAAGAACGACGGCGGAGCACCCAUCACCGCGUACAUUGUGGAGAAGAAGGACAGGGAUACCGGCAAGUGGGUGAAGGCUGCUGAGGUACCCGGCAACAAGACCGAGGCCCGAGUACCGGACCUCAUCGAAGGCAAGACCUACCAGUUCCGAGUGAAGGCGGUCAACAAGGCCGGACCCGGUAAGGCUUCCGCGCCUUCCGAGAAUCUGCUGGCUAAGGAUAGAUUCGCGCCGCCUAAGAUCGACCGCACGAACAUGCGCGACAUCACGCUGAAGGCGGGACAGAACAUCCGCCUCGACGUCAAGGUCAGCGGCGAACCGCCACCGACUAAGACUUGGUUCCACAACAAGGAACGCCUGUCCACUCGCGAUGAUCUGACAGUGGACGUAGAAGACUACAGGACCAAGCUGUCCAUGGUGAUAGCUACACGCAAACACAGCGGCACCUAUGUGCUGAAGGCUGAGAACAGCAGUGGCAAGGAUGAGGCUACCAUUCAGAUCAAUGUGCUGGAUGUGCCCGCUAAACCUGAGGGUCCAUUGAAGAUCUCAGACGUCCACAAAGAAGGCUGCACCCUCAAAUGGAACCCGCCACUAGACGACGGCGGAGCACCCAUCGACCACUACCUGGUCGAGAAGCUGGACACAGAGACAGGCCGCUGGAUGCCCGCCCUCAAGACCAAGGACCCGAAGGCCGAGGUGGAGAACCUGGUGCCGGGGCAUGAGUACAAGUUCAGGGUGUCUGCUGUCAAUAAUGAGGGGGUUUCGGAGCCUUUGGAGGCGGAACACUCUAUUAUUGCUAAGAAUCCGUUCGACGAGCCCGGCAAGCCCGGUACUCCCGAGGUGGUGGACUGGGACAAGGACCACGUGGACCUCAAGUGGGAGAAGCCGCUGAAGGACGGCGGGGCUCCCAUCACUGGGUACAUUAUUGAGAAGAGGGAGGUCGGAUCGCCUAAGUGGGUGAAAGCUUGCGAGGUCGGUCCCAAUGACAACGAGAAGGCCACAGUUCCCAACCUGGACGAGGGUACGGAGUACGAGUUCCGCGUGAAAGCUGUCAACGAGGCCGGACCUGGUGAACCUUCUGAUGCCAGCAAAUCUGUUGUUUGCAAGCCUAGGAGACUGGCACCCAAGAUCGACCGUCGCAACCUCCGCAUCAUCAAGGUACGCGAGGGAGAACCGAUCUCUCUGGACGUCAAGGUGUCGGGCGAACCCGCGCCGGAUGUCACUUGGACACUCAACGGCAAGUCCGUUAGUAGCGGCAAUGGAUUGAAAUUGGUGAAUGUACCGUACUUAAGCAAGUAUCAACAUUCGAGCCCGCGCCGCAAGGACUCGGGCACCUACAAGAUUCAGGCCGUCAACAAGUAUGGACAGGAUACCGCUGAAUUGGAGAUUAUUGUUACUUCUAAACCCGACAAGCCCGAGGGUCCGCUAGAAGUGUCAGACAUCCACAAAGACGGAUGUACCCUCAAAUGGAAGCGGCCCAAGGAUGAUGGCGGUGAACCUAUCGAAGCCUACCUGGUUGAGAAGUACGAUACGGAGACUGGAUCCUGGGUGCCAGUUGGCAAGACCCAUGGCAAUGUGCCUGAGAUGGAGGUCGAUGGCUUAAUUCCUGGGCACGAGUACAAGUUCCGCGUGAAGGCGCUGAACAAGGAAGGCGAGUCGGAGCCGCUUGAGACAUUCGGCUCUAUCAUCGCUAAGGAUCCGUUCACAAUCCCAGACGCGCCCGGUACCCCAGUACCAGACGACUGGUCAGCCAGCCACGUGGACCUCAAGUGGGAGCCGCCUCUAUCCGACGGAGGAUCUCCCAUCAUUGGAUACAUCAUUGAGAAGAAGGAUAAAUACAGCCCUAUUUGGGAGAAGGCUGUGGAGACACAUACGCCUACACCUUCGGGUACUGUUACUGGCUUAAUCGAAGGCAACGAAUACCAGUUCCGCGUGAUCGCCAUCAACAAGGCCGGUCAGAGUAAACCUUCAGAAGCCAGCAAGAACUUCGUGGCUAAGCCCAGGUUCUUGGCUCCGAAGAUCGACAGGCGUCACCUCAGAGAUGUGACUAUUUCUGCUGGGUCGACGCUGAAGUUGGAGGCUGCGAUUACUGGUGAACCCGCGCCUGCUGUUGAAUGGAGAUACCAAAACAUGCCUCUCCGUCCAUCAAAGGCAGUCAUGAUCGACAGUCCCGAGUACUUCACGAAGCUGGUCAUCAGACCAGUUCGUCGCGAUGACUCGGGAGAGUACACUGUGACUGCUGUCAACUCCAGUGGCAAGGAUCAGGUCACUAUUAAUGUGGUGGUCACUGAUAAGCCGAUGAAGCCUGAAGGACCGCUGCAGAUUUCCGACGUCCACAAGGAAGGCGCUACCCUCAAGUGGAAGAGGCCGAAGGACGACGGUGGCGCCCCCAUCGAGUACUACCAGAUCGACAAGCUGGACACUGAGACCGGAUGCUGGGUACCUUGUGCCCGCUCCGAUGAGCCUAAAUGUGACGUGACCGGUUUGACUCCUGGCAAGGAGUACAAGUUCCGCGUGUCGGCCGUGAACUCGGAGGGCGAGUCGGAACCCCUCACCUCUGAGGAGUCCAUCGUCGCCAAGAAUCCCUUCGACGAGCCUGGUGCACCAGGAACACCCUCAGUCACCGACUGGGACAAGGACCACGUGGACCUCAAGUGGACCCCUCCCAGAGAAGACGGAGGCGCCCCCAUCGAGGGUUACAUCGUGGAGAAGAAGGACAAGUUCGGCAACUGGGAGAAGGCUCUGGAAGUGCCCGCGGAUAAGACCACGUGUACUGUGCCUGAUCUUAUUGAAGGACAGACUUAUGAGUUCAGAGUCCGUGCAGUAAACAAGGCAGGUCCAGGCGAGCCUAGCGACAGCACUCACCCGAUAGUGGCCAAGCCGCGCAACCUGGCGCCCAAGAUCGACAGGACCAACCUUAUCGAUAUCAAGAUCAAGGUCGGACAGAAGUUCGGAUUUGAUGUCAAGGUAUCCGGAGAACCAAUGCCCGAAACGAAAUGGUUCCUCGCCAAAAAGGAAGUUAAAUCCAGCGGCGAUGUCAAAGUGCAGCACUCUGACUACAAUACUAAGAUUAACUGCAAGUCGGCUAAGCGCGGUGAUAGUGGCAGGUACACUAUUACUGCUGAGAACUCGAAUGGCAAAGAUGUGGCCGAAGUUGAGGUUAUUGUGUUGGAUGUGCCUAGUCCGCCGGGAGGUCCUCUUAAGGUAUCAGACAUCCACGCGAACGGCGCGAAACUCUCCUGGAAUCCACCUUCAGAUGACGGUGGCCAGCCCAUUGAGAAAUACGUGGUGGAACGCAUGGACGAGGCCACGGGCAGAUGGGUGACCGCCGGAGAAACUGAUGGACCGAAGACCAGUCUUGCUGUGGAGGGUCUGACUCCGGGACAUAAGUACAAGUUCAGAGUUAGGGCUGUUAACAGACAAGGCAAGUCCGAGCCACUCACAACUCCUCACGCGACGGAAGCCAAGAAUCCGUUCGACGUCGCCGGCAAACCCGGUACACCCAAAAUCAAGGACUUCGACAGAGACUUCGUCGAACUCGAAUGGACCAGACCCCAGACCGACGGCGGAGCCCCCAUUACGGGCUACGUCAUCGAAAAGAAGGACCGCUUCGCCCCCGACUGGGAAGAAUGUGCCCAGAUCGAGGGUGAUGUCACUACCGGUAAGGUCCCAGACCUUAUCGAAGGAAACACCUAUGAGUUCCGCGUCCGAGCUGUUAAUAAAGCAGGAAAGGGUGAACCCAGUGAUGGAACUGCACCACAUCUUGCAAGACCCAAGAACUUGCCUCCUAAGAUCGAUAGGAACUUCAUGUUCGACAUCAAGAUCAAGGUCGGACAGAACUUCGACCUUGACGUGCCAGUCGCUGGUGAACCUACACCUACUAAGGAAUGGUUCAAUGGUGAUAACCUUAUCAUGAACUCUGAUAGGGUCAAGGUCAUCAAUGACACACACAGCACUAAGAUCCGCGUCAUUGAUGGUAAGAGGGCUGAUUCUGGCACUUACACUCUUAAGGCUAGGAAUAUCAACGGUACUGAUUCAGCUACUGUCAAGAUCACAGUCAUGGAUGUGCCCACACCGCCUGAAGGUCCUCUCCGUGCUGAUGACAUCACCAGGUCAGGCUGCACUCUUCGCUGGAGGCCGCCCAAGGACGAUGGCGGUGCUGAAAUUACCCACUACGUCGUCGAAAAGAUGGACCAAGAAAACAUGCGCUGGAUCCCAGCCGGUGAGGUCCAGUCCUGCAGCAUCAGGAUUGACCACCUCAUCGAAGGUCACGACUACAACUUCCGUGUCCGCGCUGUUAACAAACUGGGCGAAUCACAGCCCCUCGUUGGACACGAGCCAAUCACUGCUAAGGACCCCUACGGUACCCCAGACAAACCUGGAACUCCAGUCGUCAAGGACUGGGACAAGGACCAUAUGGACCUCGAAUGGGUCCCGCCGAAGAAGGACGGUGGAUCACCCAUCACCGGCUACAUCGUCGAGGCUAAGAAGAAGUACGGACCAUGGGAAGUGGCAGCAACUGUGCCAGGAAACCAAACUAAAGCCACUGUGCCUAACCUUCAAGAAGGUGAAGAGUACGAAUUCAGGAUCAUUGCCGUCAACAAGGCUGGUAAUGGAGAACCCAGCGAUGCCUCCACACCACAAGUGGCUAAGGCCAGGUUCUGUGCACCACACUUCGACAAAAUGCUGUUGGCAGACAAGACUGUCAAGGCUGGCCAGAGGAUCCAAUACGAGAUCCCGAUAGAAGCGUCGCCUAAACCAACAGUCGAAUGGCACAUCAACGGCAAACUGGUCCAUCCUACUGACAGGAUUGACGUCCAAAUUCUACACAACAGGGUCAUUCUAGACAUUCCAUUCUCCGUCCGCGCUGAUGGAGGCGUUUACAAACUGACCUUGAAGAAUGACCUUGGCGUCUGCUCUGCUGCAGCUCAAGUCACCGUCCUCGACAGACCUUCGAGGCCUGAGAAACCUUUGGUCGUUUCUGACGUCACUAAGGAAUCAUGUUCGCUUACAUGGAAGGUACCUUUGGACGACGGUGGAUCACCAAUCCUCCACUACGUCAUUGAGAAGAUGGAUCUGUCUCGUGGUACCUGGUCUGAUGCCGGUAUGAGCACCUUCUUAUCACACCAAGUGACCAGGUUAAUUCACAUGAAGGAAUACUUGUUCAGAGUUAGCGCUGUGAACGCUAUUGGUCAAUCUGAACCUUUGGAGUUAGACCGCGCUAUUGUGGCUAAGAAUGAGUUCGAUGAGCCAUCAGCUCCUGGCAAGCCUAAAGCUACCGACUGGAGCAAGAGCCACGUCGACCUUGAAUGGGAGAAGCCCAAGUCUGAUGGUGGAGCACCUAUCACUGGCUACAUCAUUCAGAAGAAGGAGAAGGGCAGCCCCUACUGGGUGAAUGCUGUCCAUGUACCUCCUGGUCAGACUAAGGCUACCGUACCUGACCUCACUGAAGGCCAAGACUAUGAGUUCCGCGUCAUCGCUGUGAACCAGGCUGGACAAUCAGAGCCCAGUGAACCCUCAGACAUCAUCACUGCCAAGGACAGAUUCGUGGCUCCUAAGAUCCUUACACCGCUUAGGGAGAUCCGCAUCAAGGCUGGACUUAUCUUCCACAUGGAUGUCGACUUCAUUGGAGAGCCUACUCCUGAGGUUACAUGGACUUGUGAUGGCAAACCAGUGGUUGCCAACGAGAGGACAACUGUCACUAUUGUUGGACACCAUACUAUUGUUCAUACUGUGAACUGCAAGCGAUCAGACGCUGGUAAAUACACACUGAAACUGAAGAACGAUUCUGGCACUGAUGAAGGUAGCUUCGAAGUCAUCGUACUCGAUGUUCCCGGAGCACCACAACCUCCAUUCGUAUACGAAGAGAUUACGGCACAAUCUGUCACGUUGUCAUGGAAACCACCCAAAGACAAUGGCGGCAGCGAGCUUACUGCUUACGUCAUUGAGAAGCGUGACCUUACCCACGGCGGUGGAUGGGUACCCGCUGUCACUUACAUCAACCCGAAAUUCAACCAUGCCACUGUACCUCGUUUGUCAGAAGGCACGAAGUACGAGUUCAGAGUGUUCGCAGAAAACUUACAAGGUCGCUCUGAACCUCUGGUCACAGACAAGGCUAUCAUUGCCAAGAACCAGUACACAGUGCCCGGCAAACCUGGCAAGCCAGAACUUGUGUCUGCGGAUAAGGACCACAUCAACAUUAGAUGGUCUUCUCCUAUCUCCAAUGGAGGAUCCAAUAUCAUUGGUUACGACGUUGAGAGGAUGGACAAGGCUACUGGCCGCUGGAUCAAGAUGAACAAGGAACCAGUCAGGCUGAACGAGUACAACGAUGAGAGGGUACAGGAAGGUCACUCCUACGAGUACAGAGUAUCUGCAGUCAACGCUGCAGGACCUGGACAGCCUUCCGACGAGUCCAACGUCUUCAUCGCCAAACCUAUGAAGGAAAGUCCGAAACUGAGGUUGGACCACCUCAUCGGCAGGAAGAUCAAGGUCCGCGCCGGCGAACCUAUCAAUAUCAACAUUCCAAUCAGCGGUGCUCCCACACCCACCAUCUCCUGGACCAAGGGAUCAGUUCCUCUGCUGCAUUCCCACAGGAUUACAGCAGAAACCAAGCCUGAUGAAACUAAGCUCAGCAUUGAGAAGUCUGUUCGUGAUGAUGCUGGUAAAUACACCAUCACAGCAACUAACGCCCAUGGCAAAGACUCUGCUGACAUUGAAGUCAUCGUUGUUGACAAACCAGGAGUGCCUAAAGGACCUCUGAUUUGCCAGCCCGUCACUCAUGACGCUGUCAGCCUAUCAUGGCAACCACCCACUGAUGACGGUGGCAGUGAAAUCACUGGCUACGUUGUCGAAGUCGCUGAGUUUGGAGUCAACGACUGGCGUACAGUCGCUGGCUUCUGUCCUAAGUGCUCGUUCACUGUAAAGAACUUGACAGAAGGCAAGAAAUACGUGUUCAGAGUACGCGCUGAGAACUUAUACGGCGUCUCUGAUCCGUUGGAGAGCAAGCCUACUCUCGCCAAGUCGCCGUUCGACCCACCAGAUGCACCAGAAACACCCAAGAUUACCGGAUACAGCUCCAACAGUUGCUCCCUCGAAUGGGAGCCACCGAAAGACUGUGGAGGCAAACCCGUCACUGGAUACUAUGUUGAGAAGAGAGAACGUGGAGGUGACUGGGUCAGGGUCAACAACUACCCGACACCUAACACUUGCUACACAGUGCCUGACUUACGUGAGGGUAACCGUUAUGAGUUCCGUGUCAUUGCUGUUAAUGAGGCCGGACCCGGCAAGCCUAGCAAGCCGACCGAACCGAUCACAGCGCAGACACAGCGUCUUAAGCCCAGCCCGCCAGAAGCACCUAAACCUGACAGAGUUACUAAAGACUCCGUCACAUUGUCUUGGAGGCCGCCGAAGAGCGAUGGUGGAGCCAAGAUCAAGGGCUACAUCGUACAACAGAAGGGCAAGGGAGACAAAGACUGGAAGGACGUUAACGACGUUCCUGUUCCCAACCUUAUACAUACAGUACCUAACCUUAAGGAAGGAGCUGAAUACCAGUUUAGGGUUAUUGCCGUCAACGAAGUUGGCCGAUCAGACCCGAGCAAGCCAACCAGCGACAUCACCAUCGCUGAACAGCCCAACAAACCAUGCAUGGACCUUGGAGGAGUCAGGGACAUCACCGUACGUGCUGGAGAAGACUUCUCCAUUCACGUGCCUUACACUGGCUUCCCGCAACCGACAGCGCAAUGGUUCGCCGACGACAACCUGCUUGACGUCGACGGUGACUCUAGAAUAUUCCAGAAGAUCACACCAGAAUCCGCGUCUCUUGUCGUCAAGAACGCGAAGAGGUCAGAUGGUGGACAAUACCGUCUGCAACUGCGCAACCCGUCAGGAUAUGACACGGCUACCAUCAAUGUACGUGUACUCGACAGGCCUGGAAAACCAGAGAACCUGCGGGCUGACGAGUUCGAGGGUGAAGCUCUUACCUUAUACUGGAACCCACCCAAGGACAACGGUGGUGGCGAAAUCACCAACUACGUCGUCGAGAAACGCGAAGGCAGAACCGCCAACUGGACCAAGGUGUCUGGCUACGUCACCACUCCGUUCUUACGCGUGAAGAACUUGACCGUUGGACGGGAUUACGAAUUCAGGGUUAUGGCUGAGAACCAGUACGGUCAAUCUGAUCCAGCUCAGACCACAGAACCUAUUAAAGCUAGACAUCCCUUCGACCCGCCUGGUGCUCCCGGAGCUCCUCGCUCUGUGGAGACUACGGAGUCUUCCAUCACCAUCACCUGGACGAAGCCCCGUCACGAUGGUGGAUCACCGAUUACUGGCUACAUCGUCGAAAAGCGUCUCAUCACUGAGGACAAAUGGACGAAGGCAUCUCACGCACACAUUCCUGAUACAACCUACAAGGUCACUGGUCUGAUUGAGAACCAUGAGUAUGAGUUCCGUGUGUCUGCAGUCAACGCUGCAGGCCAAGGACCUUACUCUGCGAGCUCUGAUGCCAUCAGGGCCUGUGCACCACCUAACUCGCCGAAGAUCACCAGCGAUCUCAGCCUCAGGGAUAUCACUGUUAUUGCUGGAGAGGAGAUUAAAAUUACUGUUCCUUUCACUGGCAACCCGAGGCCGAAGGUAUCAUGGAUAAUCAACGACAAGGAAGUAUUCCCUGACGCCCGCAUCCGGUUCGUGACGUCAGAUGUCGACACUGUAUUCCACAACACGCCUGCGAAGAGGUCUGAUACCGGAUCUUAUACCAUUCAGCUGGUUAACAGCGAAGGAUCUGACAGUGCUACUUGCAGGGUGCUAGUAGUAGACAGGCCAACACCGCCACAAGGACCUCUAGACGUGACUGAUAUCACUCCCGACACUUGCACGUUGUCAUGGAAACCGCCGCUAGAUGAUGGUGGCUCGCCCAUCACCAACUAUGUGGUGGAGAAGAUGGAUAAUAGUGGAGUAUGGUCAAAGAUCUCAUCAUUCGUUCGCAACUGCCACUACAAUGUCAUGGGCCUGGAACCGAACCGCAAGUACUGGUUCCGCGUCCGCGCUGAAAACCAGUACGGAGUCUCCGAGCCUUUGGCUAUGGAAGACCCGAUUACUGCUAAGUUCCCAUUCACGAUCCCCGACCCGCCGGGCGUACCCCGCGUCACCGACUGGGACGGCUCAGCCGCCACCGUCAUCUGGGACCGACCUCGCUCCGACGGCGGCGCCAGGAUACAAGGCUACAAGCUCGAGUACAGAGACGUGCAAGAUGGCGUCUGGAACAGCGCUGAUUAUCUCGUUAAGGACUGCAAUUACCAGGCUUAUAACUUAGAACCCGGCCACGAAUACGAGUUCCGCGUCCGUGCUAAGAACGCAGCCGGCUGGAGCAAGUACUCGGCCAGCUCGCAGCCGUACAAGGUGCGGGGUAAGGCUCACCCGCCGGCGCCGCCGCGUGCUCCUCGCGUCGUGAGGGUUGGAAGGAACUAUGUGGAUCUGUCUUGGGAUCCGCCUGCGCAUGAUGGAGGUGCUCGCGUAACCGGCUACAUCAUCGAGCGUCGCGACGUCGGCAGCUCGGUCUGGGUGAAGUGCAACGACUACAACGUACAGGACACCACCUUCACCGCCAUGAACCUCAACGAGAAGGCGGACUACGAGUUCCGUAUUGUCGCUGUUAAUUCGGCUGGCAAAUCAGAACCCUCAAGCUGCACCACACCAGUUCGCACCGGCGAGGAGUUGGGAGGCACGAAGCCUGAAUGGAUGAAGCAGCUACCAGCUACUUCAUGCGCUCCUCUCGGCAAACCCUUCACCUUGGAGUGUAUUGCCACCGGCAACCCAGUACCUACUGGCCGGUGGUUGAAGAACGGCAGAGAAGUUGUGCUUGGCACGAGGUUCAUAGCAGAAUCCCGCGAGGGUACUCUCCGUCUGAACAUCAUGGCAGCCACCGACGCGGACGAGGGUGACUACACUUGCGAAGCCGUUAAUAACAUCGGCUUCAUUUACUGUACUGGCCAUCUGAAGAUUGGAAACCCACCACGCAUCGUCCGCAUGCCCGGAGACCUUCACCUACCCGAACACGACAACACGAAGAUCAAGAUCCUCUACACCGGAGACCAGCCAGCCGACGUGGUCCUCACCAGAGACGGACACAAGCUUACAGAGUCCCCACACUUCAAGUUCACCGUGUUCGAUGACUACAUCCUCAUAUUUAUCAAGGACAUCUCCAAGGAUGAUAUGGGCAUCUACAAGCUCCAAAUCACCAACAAAUCAGGCGAAACAUCAGAUACCUUCACAGUUACGGUCACCGGUCUCCCCGGACCUCCUCAAGGACCUCUGGAGACGUCAGACAUCUCCCGUCACUCCUGCACCCUGGCCUGGAAGCCUCCCACUUACGACGGAGGUCUACCUGUCACUCACUAUGUUAUCGAACGUUGUGAUAUAUCGGGAACUGCUUGGAUUACCAUCGCGUCUUCUGUGAGGGAUACCAAGUUUACGGUUCAAGGAUUGACGGAAGGACAGGAGUAUAACUUUAGAGUACAUGCUGCUAAUGAUAAUGGGGUUGGCCCGGCUUUGGAAGGCGCUAACCCGAUUAAGGCUAAGGCACCAUACGACCCACCAUCAGCUCCUGGCAUUCCCAAGAUCCUGGAGAUCGGAGGAGACUUCGUUCACCUGGAAUGGGACAAACCAGAGAGCGAUGGUGGAUCUAGGAUUCAAGGCUACUGGAUCGACAAACGCGAAGUAGGCACGAACACCUGGCAGCGAGUAAACCCGACGCUCUGCCUGCCCAACCAGUGGAACUGCUCCAACCUCAUCGAGGGUCGGCAGUACGAGUUCCGCGUGACGGCGCAGAACGAGGCCGGAGUCUCGCCGCCUAGCACUGCCAGUCAGCAGGUCAAGGUCGUCGAUCCUAAAGCGGCCACCCCGCCAGAGAUCGUGAAACCACUGAAGAACGCCAACUGCAUACAGUACCACAACGCCAAGUUCACGUGCACCAUCACUGGGUUGCCGAAACCUACCAUCACUUGGUAUAAGGGAGCCCGCGAAAUAACGAACGGACCUCGCCACCGCAUCUGGAGCGAGGGUGACAACCACUUCCUCACCGUCAUGGACGUGUUCGGCGAAGACGCCGACGAGUACGUCUGUCGAGCUGUUAACAGAGCUGGUGUGAAGAGCACUAGGGCUGAACUGUUGAUUAUGACCGCACCAAAACUGAACGUACCGCCUCGUUUCCGCGUCACCGCGUACUUCGACAAGGGCGAGAAUGUUGUCAUCAAGAUUCCCUUCACUGGACACCCCGUGCCCAAGAUCACGUGGGUGAGGGAGGGAGAAACUAUUGAGUCUGGACAUCAUUAUCAUGUGGAGAGGAAAGAACGUCACGCGAUCCUGACAAUCCGCGACGCCAGCAAGCUGGACUCCGGCCCGUACAGGAUCACUGCUGAGAACGAGCUGGGACAGGACUCCGCUACCAUCAACGUUGAGAUUAGCGACCGUCCGGACCCGCCCCGCUUCCCAGCAGUUGACAACAUCGGAGUCGACUCCCUCGCACUCAGCUGGAAGGCGCCAGUGUGGGACGGAGGCUCAGACAUCACCAACUAUCUGGUGGAGAAACGAGAACAUCCCAUGUCCAGUUGGAUAAGGGUUGGCAACACCAGAUUCACAACAAUGGCGAUCACAGGCCUAGUCCCCGGCAAACAGUAUGAGUUCCGCGUAUACGCUGAGAACAUUUACGGCAGGUCGGAGCCUAGCGAGCCCACUACCUUGGUGCAGACCAAGGCCAUUAUCAAGAAGGAGUUCAAGAAGAAGGAGUAUCCUGUCGACGAAACCGGCAAACGUAUCCGCACGAACGCAGACCACGGUCCAGUGAAAGACUACGACAGUUAUGUGUUCGAUAUAUACAGCAAAUACGUGCCGCAACCAGUCGAUAUCAAUACUUGCUCUGUAUACGACAAGUAUGAUAUACUUGAGGAGAUUGGUACAGGCGCUUUCGGAGUUGUCCACCGUUGCCGCGAGAGGGCUACUGGCAACUACUUCGCGGCCAAGUUCAUACCAGUCGCAGGGGCCAUGGAGAAGGAGCUCAUUAAGAAGGAAAUUGAUAUCAUGAAUCAAUUGCAUCAUAGGAAACUGAUUAAUUUGCAUGAUGCCUUUGAAGAUGAUGAUGAGAUGGUCCUUAUUUUCGAGUUCCUAUCCGGAGGCGAGUUAUUCGAGCGCAUCACAGAGCCCGGCUACAACAUGUCGGAAGCCGAAGCCGCUCACUACAUGCGACAGAUCUGCGAAGGAGUCAGACAUAUGCACGAACAGAACAUCAUACAUCUUGACCUGAAGCCCGAGAACGUUAUGUGCCAGACUAGGACUGGUACUGAUGUUAAGAUCAUCGACUUCGGCCUAGCCACUAAACUAGACCCGAACGAGGUGGUCAAGAUCUCGACCGGCACGGCCGAGUUCGCGGCGCCUGAGAUCGUGGAACGCGAACCCGUCGGCUUCUAUACUGACAUGUGGGCCGUCGGUGUGCUGUCUUAUGUGCUUCUCUCCGGCCUAUCACCGUUCGCGGGUAACAACGACAUCGAAACCCUGAAGAACGUGAAGGCUUGUGACUGGGAGUUCGACGAGGAAGCCUUCCAGCACGUCUCUGAUGAUGCCAAGGACUUCAUCAGGAGGCUGCUCGUUAAGAACAAGGAGAAGCGUAUGACAGCUCACGAGUGCUUGAUGCACAAGUGGCUGGCGGGCGACGCGGCCGCCGCGCGCACCGCGCACAUCGACGCGCGCCGCUACGAGGCGCUGCGAGACCGUCUGCGCAAACAGUACGAGAACUGGUCAUCAUUCAAACUGCCGAUCGGCAGGCUGAGCGAGUACAGCUCUCUACGCAAACUUCUCAUCGAGAAGUGGAAGAUAUACGACGGACAGUUCGACCGUCGCCAAGCAGCACCUCGGUUCGUCAUCAAACCACAAUCGGCGUUCUGCUACGAAGGGCAGUCGGUGAAGCUGUACUGCCGCAUCAUCGCCUGCGCCACGCCCACAGUCACCUGGUCCAGGAAUAACCACGAGCUGCGACAGUCCGUCAAGUUCAUGAAGAGGUACGCGGGCGACGACUAUUACUUCAUAAUAAACCGUGCGAAGUUAGAAGACCGCGGCGAGUACAUCAUCAGGGCUGAGAACCAUUACGGCUUCAGGGAAGAGGUCGUCUUCCUGAAUGUACAACCGGUACCGAAGGUCCAACGCCAGCACCUGCCCGAAGCCCCGCGCAGACGCGAAGCCCUUCCAUACACAUUCUGGCAGGAGUCGAGCGAGACGGCGCCAGCAUUCACCUUCCAGCUGCGGCCUCGCGUCAUGCAGGCGCGGGACACCUGCAAGCUGCUGUGCUGCCUCAGCGGCAAGCCCACGCCGACUGUCAAGUGGUACAAAGACAAACGCGAGUUAUCCAAAUACGACUACGCGAUGACUCACUCAGAUGGAGUGGUCACCAUGGAGAUCAUAGAUUGUCGGCCGGAGGACAGCGGGAAGUACACAUGUAUCGCUACCAACGUGCACGGUACCGAUGAGACUUCGUGUGUUGUUAUUGUUGAAGGCGAGGUAACAUCACCUGAGCAAGCGCAGAUGAUCCACAACUUCCUGCACUCGGGUGACCGUCGUUACAUUGAGAAGCCUCUCAAACCAGCGCCACCACCGAUUAUUACUAAGACUAAGGUCACCAUUGACCCGCCAGCCAAAUCCGCGCCCAGACCAAAGUAUUCCCCUCAGAGUUCUGUGGACGCCAGCAAGAAGAAAUAUGGCGGACUUGCGAGAUUGGACUCUGAUACCUCGUCUAGGUCCAGAAGUGCUACUAAGGAGCUUAUAUUACCAGCAUCAGACUCAACAAUGUGCGGGCCGUCAUUCGCCCGCUCGCUGCCCGACGCGCUGGCCGCCAAGGACGGCGCCCCGCUGCUGCUGUCGGCUGCCGUGCGCGGCGACCCCGACCCGCGCGUGCAGUGGUACAAGGACGGCAAGCCGCUGCACUCCUCUGAGGUGGUAGACCUCAAAUACAAGAACGGAGUAGCAUCGCUGGCCAUCAACGAGGUGUUCCCUGAAGACGAGGGCGUGUACUCGCUGAAGGCCAUCAACAGCCAGGGAGAAGUGGAAACCAAGUGCAAAGUUACUGUUAAACCAAUGGAAAGCGCCGUAAGUGCGGCGGCCGUGAAGUUGGGCGACAAGCCGCCUAGAAUAGUGGACCACGCGCAGUCACAGACCGUUACUGACGGAGAUGCUGUCACGCUGUCCUGCAGAAUCACAAACGCGGAACGCUUCGACGUGAUCUGGCUACACAACAACAAGGAGAUCAAGCCCUCGAAGGACUUCCAGUACUCCAGCGAGGCCAACAUACACAAACUGCACAUCGCUGAAAUAUUCCCUGAGGACGCUGGCGUAUACACAUGCGAGGCGUUCAACGACGCCGGCGAGUCGUUCUCGUCGUGCAGCCUGGUGGUACAAGUGCCGGGCGAGGCAGCCACCGUGCCUCAGUACACCGCCUACCCUGCCUCCGCCACCGUGGUUAACGGGGAACCUGCUGUCUUCCAUGCUGAGCUGGAUAAGCCACCACUCCAGCUUCAGUGGCUGAAGGACGGCAAACCCAUCGACGAAACCUCCGCCAGAUAUAAGUUCAUGAUGGAGGGUACCUCGAGGUACCGACUGGAGAUCGUCAAGGGCAGCCCCGACGACGCCGGCCAGUACCAGGCCCGCGCCGUCGGCUCCAAGGGCGACGCCCUCGCAGCCUUCUAUCUCAACGUCAUCGACCACUAAACUAAGGACUGACCGGGAAACCACAGCGGACCCAAAACAAACCCCUGUGGUACACCCACACAAUAUCAAACACUCUCAAACUGGAUGAAACGAUAUAUUGAGUAUGAGUAACGAUUUUUUAUACAAUUCGGAGUCUAAGUGUGUAAAGCAGUUUUUUUUAUAAUUAUAAUAAAUUAUUUAUUAAUUAAACAGUUAUGUUAAGUGUUACACCCUGUCGAAUGCCUAUGAGAAGACGCCUGGACGAUCGAAUCCUCGUACGCUCUCUAGUCACUGUUAACUUUUAAAUGUUAUUUAUUUAUUUGUCAACUAUUAUCCGUUGUUAUUUUUUUGUUUAUUUAUCGUCCUGACCUAACAGAUAUGCAGCUUAUUUAAAAAAAGCUUGAGUUUAAUAAAUGUUGGCAUAGAUUGUAGGCCAGGGUCGUGGGCCAUGCCGCCGCCACCUCGGCGUGACCUGCCUCCCUCGCUCAUCAAAAUCUCUAUAAUUAUUUUUAUAUAAAUUUAACUGUAUUAUUUAAUUGUACAUAAUUUAAUUUAUAUCAUGUGACCGCGUAAUUUAUGAAUAAAUAUGUAUACUUAAAAAUAAA